GACGUGUUACCCUGCCGCGCGAGUCCACUUUACAAUAAAUAACCCUCAUCGUCUUCCUUUCCUUCCCUAUUCCGUAGCUAUCUGUUUCUGUCCCCUUCGGAUUUCCCUAGAGAGAGCGAGCGAGCGAGCGAGAGAGAGAGGCCCGAGGCUAACUAAAUCCAUGGCUUUCUUGUCAUUCAUCGGGAGGCUUCUCUUCGUCUCCGCCUUCAUCCUCUCGGCUUACCAAGAGUUUAGUGAAUUUGGCACUAAUGGUGGGCCAGCUGCAAAAACUUUAAACUCCAAAUUCAAUGUGUUUACUAAAAAUGUAGCAGCACACACUAGCAUUAAAGUUCCCCAUGUUGAGGCGAAGCAUCUUGUUUUGGGCUUUCUCCUUAUGAAGGGGCUUGGAAGCCUUCUCUUUGUCUUUGGAAGCUCUCUAGGAGCCUAUAUUCUGCUUGUGCAUCAGAUUGUUGUUACCCCGAUUCUCUAUGACUUUUACAAUUAUGAUGCCGACAAGAAAGAAUUUGCUCAACUUUUCAUCAAGUUUUCACAGGGUUUGCAGCUGCUCGGGGGACUGUUGUUCUUCAUUGGCAUGAAGAAUUCGAUUCCCAGGAGAACAGUAGUGAAGAAGAAGGCUUCCAAGUCGAAAACCAAUUGAGGAAUUAUAGGUUUGGAAUUUUUAUGUGCGCUAAAUUAACGUGUUUUCAAUUGUUACAUGGACCAUGUUUUGUAAGCUUUUUAUUUUGGUUUGCUCUACUUGGGAGCUUUGAAUUCCAUCUCCUGGUCAGACGUUUUAUCACUUUUGAUGAGAUUUUUUUUUCUUUUUGAAUUUUAAUUGGUAUUAAAUUUACAAAAGGAGCAGGUGGAAGUUUAAUUGCCAUUAAUAUUUGAUAUCUUAGAAGUUGAAUUUUCGUUAAAAUAGUGGCUUGAUUUAUUCUUCAUUGGUUGCCUCAGGAAUAAAUUGCAUUUGAAUGA